AUGGUUGCUAAGAAGAGAAACACGCUUAGAAGCAAAGUAAGUGCAAGAAAUAGUCAAAAUUUUGGACCAGACGUAGCGAACAAUGGCAUUCUGGACGAGAGUUAUGACAUAGAAUCUGAUCCAAGGGCCUUUCUGCACCAACCUAAAGAAACUAAAAAGGAAAAGCUACUUAACAGACAGAAUACUUUCUUAUCUAACUUGAAGGGGAAAUCCACACUUAACGAUGGCAUAGCUGCCAAUUUUGAUGGUAUUUCUAAAUCUUCCAUUAGACGUAGGAAAAGAAAGCUAAGAGAAGAACUAAAACCAAGAAUGCAAGAUCUGCUCACUUCUUUGGAGCAAGAAAAGGAUUUACGGGGCAUUAUUGAAAAUAGUAGCAAAGACAUGAAUAACGAUGAUGACAUCGACAUGGAUUCUAAAAUAAGGUUUGUGGACACAAAGGAAAUGAACUUGAAAAAGAUAGAACCUGGUUCUGUUAGGAUAAAAAAGAAUCAGCCAAAUAUCAGGAACCAAAAGGGUGCAAAGGCAUUGGCUGCUAACGAAACUGCAAGAUUCAAUCAGGUCCUAACCAAUCAAGAUUUCCAAAAAAAUCCAUUUGGCGCCUUAAGAGAGGUUAUCAAGCUGCAAAAACAAUGA